AUUUAAUUAAGAUUUUGUAUUACCUCGCCUUAACUUAAAGUCUGGUUUUAGAUUUAAACAGUUAAUGUUGUUUAGCCUCUGUCUCACCUAUUGGUGUCAUGAGUUUGGCAGCUGCCACUUUGUCUAGGGGGUUAGCCAUAUAUUCAGACUUAUCAAAACAAGUAAUAAAAAAAGGUGAGACAAACCCAUAUCUGAGAUGGACAUUUACACAUAUAAAGAGAUUUGGUUGGUCUGGUAAACUGAUGUUAAUGCUCUCGCACAUCAUGAGUUAAAAACUUACAGCUCUUUGACUCUUAGAAACAUUUGCUCAAUAACAUGAUUUUGUACUGAGAAUGACUUUUAGAAAUGUAAUUUAUGGCAUUACAAUAGACUAAUACUGAAUAAAUUAUAUUGGUCCAUUGUAAAUAAAGACCUGAUUUUUUUAUAUUCAUCAGAUAUUUGUAAUGCAAAACAAUCUGUAAAAAAGCUAGCAGUGUAAAUAGCCAGAUAGCUGACUUGUCAGCUAAUGUUAGCUGCUUCAGAAUGUAGCAGGAACAACAGGCUGUUGCUUCUUGCUAUCCUCUCCUCUCCUAAACACAUAAUUGUAGUGUUUUUGCUGCUGGGUGAACAAUCUGUAGAAAAGUAAGCAGUGUACAUAGCCAGGUAGCUGACUUGUCAGCUAAUGUAAGCUGCUUCAGAAUGCAGCAGGAACAACAGGCUGCUGGUCCUGGCUAUCCUUUCCUCUCCUCAACACACAACUGUAGUGUUUUUGAUGUUGAGUGAACAAUCUGUAAAACUGUUAGCAGUGUACAUAGCCAGGUAGCUGACUUGUCAGCUAAUGUUAGCUACUUCACAAUGAAGCAGGAACAACAGUCUGCUGCUCCUGGCUAUCCUCUCCUCUCCUCAACACACAACUGUAGUACUUUUGCUGUUGGGUGAACAAUCUGUAAAACUGUUAGCAGUGUACAUAGCCAGGUAGCUGACUUGUCAGCUAAUGUUAGCUGCUACAGAAGGUAGCAGAAACAACAGUCUGCUGCUCCUGGCUAUCCUCUCCUCUCCUCAACACACAUUGUAGUGUUUUUGCUGCUGGGUGAACAAUCUGUAAAAAAGUUAGCAGUGUCCAUAAGCAGGUAGCCAAAGUGUCGGCUAAUGUUAGCUGCCACAGAAGAUAGCAGGAACAAAAGGCUGCUGCUCCUGGCUAUCAUUUCCUCUCCUCAGUACACAACAACUGUAGUGAUUUGCUGCUGGGUGAACAAUCUGUAAAACAGUUAGCAGUGUACAUUGCCAGGUAGCUGACUUGUCAGCUAAUGUAAGCUGCUACAGAAGGUAGUAGAAACAACAGUCUGCUGCUCCUGGCUAUCCUCUCCUCUCCUCAACACACAACUGUAGUACUUUUGCUGUUGGGUGAACAAUCUGUAAAACUGUUAGCAGUGUACAUAGCCAGGUAGCUGACUUGUCAGCUAAUGUUAGCUGCUACAGAAGGUAGCAGGAACAUAAGGCUGCUGCUUCUGGCUAUCCUCCCCUCUCCUCAACACACAUUGUAGGGUUUUUGCUGCUGGGUGAACAAUCUGUAAAAAAGUUAGCAGUGUUAAUAAGCAGGUAGCCAAAGUGUCAGCUAAUGUUAGCUGCUACAGAAGGUAGCAGGAACAAAAGGCUGCUGCUCCUGGCUAUCAUUUCCUCUCCUCAGUACACAACAACUGUAGUGAUUUGCUGCUGGGUGAACAAUCUUUUAAACAGUUAGCAGUGUACAUAGCCAGGUAGCUGACUUGUCAGCUAAUGUAAGCUGCUACAGAAGGUAGUAGAAACAACAGUCUGCUGCUCCUGGCUAUCCUCUCCUCAACACACAUUGUAGUGUUUUUGCUGCUGGGUGAACAAUCUGUAAAAAAGUUAGCAGUGUACAUAGCCAGGUAGCCAAAGUGUCGGCUAAUGUUAGCUGCCACAGAAGAUAGCAGGAACAACAGACUGCUGCUCCUGGCUAUCCUCUCCUCUCCUCAGUACACAACUGUAGUGUUUUUGCUGCUGUCAUGAUUGGAUGUAACCUGUCAGAUGUUCCUGGGCUGCUUGUUACUUCUCCCUCUUAGGACACCUAGCCUCUGGUCCACUGCCAAUACUAGCUAUAAACUAGCUUCCCCUGACUGUAUUACUCCUUAGCACUGCAUCUGUUCAUUAACCACCUCUGCCAAGGCUGUGUUGACAGUCUGAGAAAGGCUGAUACAGUCCACAGAUAAUGUUGUGCAGAGGCUCUGCACAUAUUUUUCAUACAUACACCACUUCUCAUCCACAAAUUUUAACCCUUCACUAUGGUCUUGCCACACUGCCUCAUUGCAUCAUAACAACAAAGAACAGCAUGUAGACCUGUCAAAUCUCUGCUCUCUUCUCCAGUCCUCUGAGCAAAUUCCAAAGCAACUGGUGUAAGUUAACACUCAUUUUUCAAUGGAAUCUUUCCCUCCCUGAAUAAAUUCAUCACCGAUAACAAACUUUAUCUCCUCUCAAACUCCUGCAACACAAACCUUCAUACCAUUUUCUUUCAAACUUUAAAGCUCUACCUUACUGGUUAAUGCAGUUAUUUAACUUAACACAAAAUAUCAACUUCCACACCCGCAGUUGUGAGCACAUUCUGCUGGUUUGCUCUGGUCUCACCAUUAAGCAAGUCUUGAGCCACAAUCUCCAUAUUUGUGACCACCAUCUAGCAACAAUACUGAAUAUCCACAUCAGCUUUCAUGGUCAAAAAGAGAAAUCAGCAUUCAGGAACCUCAAGUUCAUCCCUGUCUCAGCUCUUUCAGCCUCUCUCUCAUCUGCAUUAUCCCCUAAUAAUGCUGUCAUAUCAUCCAGAAUUGCGUACUAAAGCAUCUUGAACAGUUCAUUACCCAAAGUCCUCAAUAAACCCUGGUAUAUCCAGAACUCUGCUGCUCACCUUCUCACACACUCUUACUUCUGUUAGCAAAUCUCCCUGUUACUCCAGAACCUCCACUAGUCUCCAAUCCAAAGACUUUCUCACUGUACCGUCCCUCUCUUCACUCACAAAGCUCUCCAUGAUCAGGACCCUAUCUUACUGAUAAGGUCCUAAUCCUGUCUUACUGACCUGCUCAACUCUCACACUCCUUUCUGACCUGUCUGCAGGACCAGUGGUGAAAGAGAGUGUGAGAGCCUCAACCUCCAACAGAAAACUGAUCUGCCAAAAUCCAAUUCUCCUCUAAAACACAUCUCUGGAAUCACUGAUGAUGCCAUUUUAUCCAAGCUUUGUUUUUUUUUCUUCGUUUAUAACAUGAGUUUUUGUGACACUUAUCUUUCAGUAUUUUUUUAAAGUAACACAAGUAAAAUGUACUGCAAUAAUAAUACUAAUAAAAUGAUAAUAGAAGUAGUAGUGGUAACAGUAGAAGAAUUGGGAUUCUUGCAGUAAGAAUGUUAUUAUUAUUAUUAUUAUUAUUAUUAUUAUUGUUGUUUGAGAUAGUACAGGCAGGCUGGGCAAGACAAAGUGAUUAAUUGUCAGAAACAUGAUAUCAUCCUUUUAAAUAAAUAAGUUCCUAUUUACUGAAAUUGAAACUGAUAAACACACACUUCUACAAUAACAAAAGAAGCGGGCUGCCUUAAUAACAAAUGUCUGGCGGGCGGACACACAAAUUCUGUGAUUAAAGCAGCACCACCCGCACAGGAUGUAACGGUUUUGCAAAGUAAGCGCUCCUUAGCUGAUAGUUUGGAGAAGAGAUAAGCACUUGACUACAAAAAGUGUAUUUAAAUUAGUAAAUAAAUACAUUUAUUGAAACUGGUAACUGAUAAACACACACACUAUUACUCUAACAAAAAGGAGUGGGCUGCUUUAAAUUUUUAUAUUGACAUGCCUGGCGGGCGGAUAUAGGAAUCUAUGGUUAAAGCAGCACCACCCGUUCAGGACGUGCUGACUAUACAGAGUAAGCGCUCCUCAGCUGACGGUACGGAGAUGAGUGAGAAGCACUUGACUGCAGGGGAGACUUGAGCUGCAGCAGGAGAGGAUUUAACUGAAAGGUAAGUGGGAUUCUGAUAAAAUAAUUAGGUAAGUGAUUACUUUAUAGUCAAAAAGUUACCCGGUGUUUUCACACAUGGUAUUAUGUGGCAUGCACACAGAAAGCUAGCUGCUAGCAAAGUUCGUUAGGCAGAACUAGCGGUCUCACGGUCGCAUUGUGUUCUCUUUGUAACUUUUUGUCAAAGUUUUUAACUAUAAAAAACACCGAAAAUGUGACUUGAUUUUGUUUAAUCUUUAUCUGAAUCUUAUUCUUUUACAACACGGUCAUAUUUGGGGAAAUGUGCGUUAUGGUGGGUGGGUGGGGUAGGGUGGGGGGAGUGAGAGCAAAGCCGCCAUCUUAGGCACGUGCGCUUUUAAUUGAAGUAAAUGACAGACCGUUCACAGUGAAGCAGCAGGAGCAAGUUCAUCAUUUUGUGUCAGACAACAUGGUCACUACUCACUGGUUUGUCACAUGGUUGUUAAAGUUUACAAUGAAUGUAAUUUUAGUAACAUUAAACAUUAUUGAGUAGUUAUAUGACACUGCAGACAUGCACUGGGCCUGGCAUGUUUGUCCAUAGAGAUAAAAAAAAAUCAAAACUUGAAACUAUAAAUUUUCCUUUAUAGGAUGUAUACGCUGAGAAGCAGAAAAGUCCAAAAACAGGAUGACUGGCCUAGGAGGAAAAAGGUUUGUCAAAGUCUUUGUUACUGACAAAAAUUGAAGUACAUUUUCAGAGCUUACUCAAGUUGUUCUGAUGUAAUGGGCUCCAGUUAGGUUGUGAUUUUAGCAAUCUAACAAACACACUUGUCAUUCAUCCUAAUCUUAGAAGGGCAGACAAUCAGCUGUGGCUGAAACAUCUGAGGCUGAGAUCUCCAGGACCACAGAGGAGCCUCCUGAGGGAUCUACACUCAGAGAGAUAGAGGUAUUUAUUCUAGCUGAUCAUCUUGUCUGGUCUUGAGGUGUUAAAGCUGCAGUUGUAAAUACUCUGCUGAUUGGUCAGGUCCUUAUAAUGUAUCAGAUUUUUUUAUUUUGAUGCUCAGUUAAGCUGUGUGUCUGCUUUAAGGCUCCCUUGGGUUGAUUUUGAGUUGUGGGGUCCAGUCAGGUUGGUAUUUAAGAUGUCUGACAAACACACUUGUCAGGUUUACAGUGUUUGUGGGGUCCACGUAAAGUCAGAUACACUGUUGACAUUAAUGGGAGAUUAAAUAUCAAAUGAAAAAAAUACAUCCUUUGCAGUUGAUGUGUUCCUCACUGUGUAAUGAUCUAAGACCCCACCGGUCACUCCAUCUGUUUGACUAGGAGACUGAAGUCUCUGCCAGUCCUUUCUGGGCUCCAUGAUCCACAUUUUGGUUAAAAGAAGACACCAAGCGACAGAAAUAGUAGUUGGUACAGAUGAUUUUGUUUAGAUUAUGGGAUUUAGCAUGAGAGCUACAGCGAGUGGAUUCAUCAGGUUUAAGAAUCAUAAUGUAUUUAAAGUUGCCUGUAUCUUUAAUUGUGAAGAAAUCAGAACAAUAGUUGGUUAAUUUACUAUUCAUCUCAAACUUGUUGUUUAGGACAUGGAACCACCUACUGUGGCUGAAACAUCUGAGGCUGAGAUCUCCAGUACCACAGAGGAGCCUCCUGAGGGAUCUACACUCGGAGAGAUAAAGGUAUUUAUUCCAGCUGAUCAUUCUGUCUGCUCUUUAGUGUUAAAUCUGCAGUUGUAAAAACUCUGCUGAUUGGUCAGGUCCUUUAAAUGUAUCUGAUUUUUUUAUUUUGAUGGUCAGUUAAGCUGUGUGUCUGCUUUAAGGCUCCCUUGGGUUGAUUUUAAGUUGUGGGGUCCAGUCAGGUUGGUAUUUAAGAUGUCUGACAAACACACUUGUCAGGUUUACAGUGUUUGUGGGGUCCACGUAAAGUCAGAUACAAAGUUGACAUUAAUUAGAGAUUAAAUAUCAUAUGAAAAAAAUACAUCCUUUGCAGUUGAUGUGUUCCUCACUGUGUAAUGAUCUAAGACCUUAGCAGCCACUCCAGCUGUUUGACUAGGAGACCUAAGUCUUUGCCAGUCCUUUCUAUUCUUUAUAAUCACUUUAUGUUUUUAAGAAGACAUCAGUUGACAAAAAAUAGCAGUAAGUACAAAUGGAUUUGUUUAGAUGAGGUGAUUUAGCAUGAGCUGCAGUGAGUGGAUUCAUCAGGUUAAUAGACUGUUAUGUAUAUUUGAGGUGCCAGUGGCUUUAAAUGUGCAGAAAUUAGAUCAAUAAAUAGUUGGUUAAUUUACUAUUCAUCUCAAACUUGUUGUUUAGGACAUGGAACCACCUACUGUGGCUGAAACAUCUGAGGCUGAGAUCUCCAGUACCGCAGAGGAGCCUCCUGAGGGAUCUACACUCAGAGAGAUAGAGGUAAUUAUUCCAGCUGAUAAUCCUGUCUGCUCUUUAGUGUUAAAUCUGCAGUUGCAAAUACUCUGCUGAUUGGUCAGGUCCUUUAAAUGUAUCUGAUUUUUUUAUUUUGAUGGUCAGUUAAGCUGUGUGUCUGCUUUAAGGCUCCCUUGGGUUGAUUUUGUGUUAAGGGGUCCAGUCAGGUUGGUAUUUAAGACGUCUAACAAACACACUUGUCAGGUUUACAGUGUUUGUGGGGUCCACGUAAAGUCAGAUACACUGUUGACAUUAAUGGGAGAUUAAAUAUCACAUGAAAAAAAUACAUCCUUUGCAGUUGAUGUGUUCCUCACUGUGUAAUGAUCUAAGAACCUACCGGUCACUCCAGCUGUUUCACUGGGAGACUUGAGUCUUUGCCAGUCCUCUCUGUUCACCAUGGUCCAGUAAAUGUUUAAAAGAAGACACCAGGUGUACAAAAAUAGCAGUCAGUACAGAAAAUAUGUGUCCAGAUGAACUCAUUUAGCAUGAGAGCUACAGUGAGUGUAUUCGUCGGGUUUAUGAAGGUAAUGUAUAUUUAUGUGCCAGUGGCUUUAAAAGUGUAGAAUUUAGAUCAAUUAUGAGUUGGUUAAUUUACUAUUCAUCUCAAACUUUUUGUUUAGGACGUGGAACCACCUACUGUGGCUGAAACAUCUGAGGCUGAGAUCCCCAGGACCGCAGAGGAGCCUCCUGAGGGAUCCAAACUCACAGAGAUAGAGGUGUUAGUCCACCUGAUCAUUCUGUCUGAUUUUUAGGUGUUAAAGGUGCAGUUUUAAAAACUCUGCUGAUUGGUCAGGUCCUUAUAAUGUAUCUGAUUUUUUUAUUUUGAUGCUCAGUUAAGCUGUGUGUCUGCUUUAAGGCUCCCUUGGGUUGAUUUUGAGUUGUGGAGUCCAGUCAGGUUGGUAUUUAAGAUGUCUGACAAACACACUUGUCAGGUUUACAGUGUUCGUGGGGUCCACGUAAAGUCAGAUACAAUGUUGACAUUAAUGAGAGAUAAAAAAGGUUUUUUUUUCUUAUUGUGUGAAAUAAACAUUAUAUGCAGUUUAUCUGUUCACUAUGUGAUGAUCUUAGAACCCACCGGUCACUCCAGCUGUUUGACAAGGAGACUUAAGUCUCUUCCAGUCCUUUCUAUUCUCCAUCAUUCACUCUGUGGUUUAAAGAAGACAUCAGUUGACAAAAAAUAGCAGUAAGUACUAGUGGUGCAACGGAUCACAAAACUCACGGAUUGGAUCGUUCCUCGGAUCAAGAGUCAUGGAUCAGAUCAUUUUUUGGAUCAGCAAAAAGCAACAAAAAAAAAAAACAAGACAAACACGAGUUUUGUCUGUUUAUUAAACACUUAAAUGAUUAAAUUAAAUAUAUAAAAGUAGUGCACAAGGCAUAAUAUCUUCUUUCUAGCAUAAUUAUUAAUGAAAAACAACUUGAAGUGCAAUAUACAGGCAUAUCUCCUUCCUUUAAAAUGUAACAAUGAACCAAAAAUGAAGUAUGUGAGCGACGGGAUGUCUUAACGUGGCUCAAGGACUUUCAGCAUGUUUUUAACAUGUUUUGCACAACUGAAUAUGGCCUCAUGUCUGUAGCUAUAAACACACCGAUAGCGUUUGUGAUAGCUUUAGCCCUGUCGGAUUGCACAAGGAAGAGGCUGCUUAAAUGCUGUGGUGAAGUUGUUGGCCAGCUUUCGUUUUAUCGCCAGUCAGUAAAACACCCGGGUGAUGUCGCUUCAAAUGCGUGAACAUGCUCGAUGUGUUCCCACUGUCAUUUCGAUUUCUUAUGCCACAGUGCCUACACACCGUCGCAGUUUUGUCCACUGACCUCUUUCCUUCUUCAUCAUAGUUGACAGGGAUGCCAAAAUGCUCCCAUACAAGGGACUUAAGUGUCGCGGGGCGUUCAAGCUCCUCCUUUCCUCAACUCGCCAUGUCUGCCCUCCUCCUUUCUUCGCUUACAAUAAGCUGUGUGUGGACGGAGCACAACUUUUUUUUUUUCAGAAAUAAUUAGCGGGUCACAUUUGUGCCAAACCAAUGACGUCAAUCCGAACAGAUCAUGGAUCAAUGAUGAUCUGUUGCACCACUAGUAAGUACAAAUGGAUUUGUUUAGAUGAGGUGAUUUAGCAUGAGCUGCAGUGAGUGGAUUCAUCAGGUAAAUAGACUGUUAUGUAUAUUUGAUGUGCUAGAAGCCUUUAAUGUACAGAAAUUUGAUCAAUAAUAAGUUAGUUUAUUUACUAUUCAUCUCAAACUUGUUGUUUAGGACAUGGAACCACCUACUGUGGCUGAAACAUCUGAGGCUGAGAUCUCCAGUACCACAGAGGAGCCUCCUGAGGGAUCUACACUCAGAGAGAUAAAGGUAUUUAUUCCAGCUGACCAUCCUGUCUGGUCUUGAGGUGUUAAAGCUGCAGUUUUCCUCACCAAUGCAUACAUUUCAGUAAAAGGGCUACCAUCUGGUUGAUCUUAAUUAGCUUUGAGUAUAGGCCUUUUUUUCGUACCUUGAUGAGAUGCUUCAGUAUUUCGUUUUGUCUUUAUUUUCUCUAGGACUCAGAUGCAGCUUGUCCUCUUCCCUCAGUGAAAAAAUAUGGGCUGAAUCUUCCUCUAGUAAACUACACAGAUUCUGAUGAACCCCAGAGUCCAUCCUCAAAUCCUGAAUCUGAACAUUGCCUCUCAGAGCAGGACCAUAUUUCUGUCCCCAGGCUCAGGAGGACCAAAAGUAUACUGGUAAACAACACACACACACAGUGCAGUGAAUGUAUUAAAAGUCAAUUGCAGACAUUUCAUUGGUCUUGUGCCUACUGUCUAUCAUAUUUUUAUUGCUUUCUUUAGAUGAAAAACCAGAUUCACUUUGAUUCAGAAGAGCUUUAUGACACCACCUCAGCUGACAGUGAAGAGGAAUACAUUCCUAAGACAAGUGAGGACUCUGAUGAUUCCGGCAGAAGUGAAGUCCUGGAAGUGGACCCUCUCUUCAAGAUAAAAGAUGUCAUCAAAGAUUUCCCUCCCUUAACCCAAAGAUCUGAAGCCUCUUCACAGCAGGUUGUUACAAGAGGGCGUUCACCUGUUAGGAGAAGUAGCUCUGGUCUGAUGCGUAAAAGGCAAUGCUACAGAAGUGUGGUUCAUCAUUCAACACUAGCCAGCCAUGCUGACUCAUCUAACCAGAGUUUUGUAGCAGACGCUGAUGCCCUGUCCCAAAACUCAGUGGUGAAUUUAGACCAGGACCAGGACGAAUGUCUUCCUGACAGUUCCUCUUCCAUUCUUACAAAUGAUAAUGAGUCUGGUGGUCCACUUUCCAUACCCGCUGUCUGCAAAAAAGAGAAUGGGUCAAGACUUUAUAACAAGAAGCAGUACUGUUUGUACUGCAAAUUGGGUGUUAUAAAAAUUGCAAGACAUUUAGAGCGAGCACAUAUAGAUAAGUCAGAGGUUGCACAGGCUUUUGCCUUCAAAAAAGGCUCCAAAGAAAGACGAAUGCAUCUGGAACUUUUGAGAAACAGGGGCAACUUUUCACACAAUGUAGAGGUACUACACUCUGGGGUCGGUAACCUUGUUCCCCGCAAGCAGCCGAGGCAGGAUUCCAGUGCACAGGAUUUCCUACACUGUGCAUAUUGUCAAGGCUUUUUUGCCAGAAAGCUGCUUUGGCGGCACAUGCAGAUUUGCAAGCUUAGGCCUUCUGUACCACACAAACCAGGUAAAACCCGUGUCCAGGCCCUUUGUGCAUUUACUUCACCUCCUCCACCUGGCGUCAAACAGGACUUGUGGAAACUCUUAAACAACAUGCUCCAAGAUGAGGUUUUUUCAGCAGUUAAAUCUGAUGCCUGUAUUCUGGAGUACGGGGACCAUCUAUACAACAGACUGGGACAUGAUCCUGGAAAACAUGAAUAUAUCCGCCAGAAGUUAAGAGAGCUUGGAAGACUUCUGCUGUGCUCCAGAAAAACCACCUCCAUGAAGACCAUUCGAGACCACAUCAGACCAUCCAACUUCAUGCAAGUUAUUCAGGCUGUAAAAGAGGUGGCAGGUUUUGAUAGUGCAACCAACACUUACAAGUGUCCAAGUCUGGCCCUCAAAAUUGGACAUAGCCUGACAAAGGUAUCAAUGCUUGUAGAAAGUCGUGCAAAUGUACAAAACAAUUACAGUGCUGCUAAAGAUGCACGUACAUUUCGCAGAGUGUACGAAACUCGCUGGAAUGAAAUGGUUUCGGCUGCAUCACUGAGGACACUGCAGGAGGCCAGGUGGAACACCCCUCUGCUGCUUCCUUUCACAAAGGAUGUCCAAACUCUCCACUCCUAUUUGGAUGAGAAACAGCAACAUUACAGCUCAAAACUAUCCACUGAGACAUCCCCGCAAACAUGGUCACAGCUGACCAAGGUCACGUUGACUCAAGUCAUCCUUUUCAAUCGUCGAAGAGCUGGGGAGGUGUCAAAAAUGCCCAUGACAGCAUAUUUGUCAAACAGUACAUCAGAUCCUCAAGAUGAUGUGAUUGAUGCCCUGUCACCUGUUGAGAAGAAACUCUGCCAACACUUCAGACGGAUCGAGAUCAGGGGAAAAAGAGGAAGAAAGGUUCCCGUUCUUCUGACCCCGGCAAUGCAGCAUGCAUUGGAUUUACUUACCAGCAAACGGCAGGAAUGUGGGGUUCCUAAAGAGAACAGGUAUCUUUUUGCUAGACCAUCUGCCUUUACAUGCCUCCGUGGUUCUGACUGCCUUCGACAUUUUGCAAAGAUCUGUGGUGCAAAAAGUCCCGAAAGUCUCACCUUCGCAAACAAACAGGAACUCUUUCACAAGUUCUCAACCUCAGCAACACAGAGUUGGACCAGUUGGCUGAUUUUCUCGGCCAUGACAUACGAGUACAUAGGCAGUUCUAUAGGCUUCCUGAGGGCACCCUCCAGCUUGCUAAAAUAAGCAAAGUUCUAUUGGCUCUGGAGAAAGGACGGCUGGGAGAAUUCAAGGGAAAGACCUUGGAUGACAUCAACAUUGACCCGGAGGGUACUAUUUAUCUAUCUCUCUUGUCUCCUUUUGAAGGAAAUGCACUUUUUGUAAUUAUGUUUUCUGGGAAUUUUUCACCAUGUCAGAAACAAAUGAUCUUGAAUAACACUCAUUCCCCCUCACCCCUAUACAGAGAAUGUGCACCCUGACAGCGAUCCUGACGAGGCAUGCGAGUCGGGCUCUGAAGGUUGGUAUUUACAUACAAUUUUAUAUGUGACCACUGCUGCAUAUUUGUAGACAUCCAUGUGCAAUAUCAGUUUACAGAAUCCAUUUGGAGCCUGCUUUUGUCUGUCAACAACUGGUCAUAAAAUGUUUUUGUUAACUUUAAAGCUCAUCGGUCUUGAUGUUCAUUUGCAACAUCAGAGAGGUGACUAUGUAAUGUCUGUAACGGCUUCAUUUUAAUCCCUGCACCAAGUUUAGUUUGAGCUUUUAGAUUGCUGUUAUAAGCACUUGCAUGUCAAGCACAAGCAUGGUGUUAGAGGUGUUGGGGGGCAAUAGGGUAGGUUGAUUUACCUCUUUUAGGUUAGGAUAUAACCAGGGUGGUGUAUCCACAGAUAUCAUAAUCACAAGAUGCCACACAACCCCAGGAUGCUCCAAGACCACCGCCAUCUUGGAGCAGUACUCGUUAAUGGUUUUCAGUCAAUUGUAGUUUUUGAGGCCUGUGAUUCACCUUACAUCAGCAUUUGUUUACGUUCAAAAAAAAAGGGAUCAAGUUAGGUUUGGUGAUUUACUUAAUUGCAAUAUCACCUCAAAAUGUGCUUAAUGGCACAGAAAAACAAUACUAAGUAUUUAUCAACUCCAUCAACUGUAUUUAUGUCACAGGCUUGAAACUACAACACUACUCAGCACUAUAUCGCUGUGUCAAAGAGCUCGUUAAGAGUUAUUGAGUUGAUAUUUUUUUCAGUUUAUGUGAAUUGAAAUAGUUUAUGAUCUAAUUUCAGAUAAGAGUUACAGAGAAUAAUUUUGCACAUGUAUUUUACAAGUAUUUAGAUUUAUAGUUUAACCCUUCUUAUCAGCAUGGAGGAUCAAUACUGCAGUCAGUCAGCAGAGAUCUUGAAAUGUUUGUGAGUUGGGGAGAGCACUGUUAUGCUACAGUCUGUAGUCGUUAGACUUCCAAUAUGUCUGUGGGGUUUGUUAACCUGUGCCUCAUAGUGAAGAGCUUCAAAUUAUGACCAACAUGUAUAAAGUCAACCUUUAUGCUAACAUUUUAAAGUUAAUGGAUGAAAGUAAUUAUAACUCAGUUUUACACUUGACUUCAUAACAUCAAGUGACAAGAAGUGCCUUACUUCCUGUGAAUUCAGUUUAGAGGUCCUUCAAAAGAAAAGCAUUUCCUGUUAACCAGAUAAUCCCAAAUCUUUCAAUUUAGCAGGUAAGUUGACAAAUACCCCCCUAAAUAAUGUAAAUAAUGUAUUUUAACAUGUCAUUAGGAACUUACUAAACUAAAUUUUACUAGAAAAAAUAUUCAAGGAAACAAUUUUCAUCAUCCUGUAUACAAAUUUUGAAUGUAUCAACAUAUAUACUUAUCCUUUUUAACAUGAGAAACUUGAUCAACUUUAGGAGAUUCUUGGUUACAAAUAUUAGAUCAAAAAACUUUAACAUAAAGGGGUUGAAUGGCUGGUGUCACGUGUGCUUCACAAUCAGUUAGAGCAUGACCACAGUCACAAUAUCCAACUGGUUUUUCACCUAUUGCACAAACGAGCUAGUGAGCUGUGGUGGAUACAGUCUAUAUUCUUCUGCUCUGUUGUAGGGAGUAAGUUUACAUCUAGUCAGAGGGAAGAGGAUGCACCAUCUGAUGUGAACCAUGAUGAUGCAUCACCACAGCAGAGCACCAUCGCACCUCAAAACACCAAACAACAGGGGUCACCAAAAACGGAAAGAGGCAAGUUCUCUGAGACCGGUCUGAAAUCAGAUUAGUUUAUGGUGUGGUUGUAAAUGUGUUUUCUUGGCAUGUGCUGAAAUGUGGAUUGCAGACACACAUUUGUGAUUAAGAUUUUUUUUGGGGAGGGGGAAGUUUCUGAGUUCUCAUUCACCUAUGUUACUUAAAUUGCUUCUAAAUCACUCCAUGGUUAAAAAACAGAAUUGAUUAUGUUUUUGUUUAUUUACAGCUCGGCAGCCUGUUAAAAAGAGGCCUUGGGAAAGAGAGGAGAUCCUGGCCGUUGAGAAACACAUGAUGUCCUUCAUCACCACAUGCCGUGUUCCAGGGAAACGCGACUGCGAUAAGUGCAUUGAACAAGAGAAAGAAGCGCUCAAAAACAGGAAUUGGUUGGCUAUUAAAUUCUAUAUCAAAAACCGAAUCACAGCUCUGAAGAGGAAAGUUUAGAGGGAUCAGGUGUUGUCUGUUGACAGCUGUAGGAGGGUUGCAUCACUUUUACUGUCCUCAAGGUAAAGCAUGUUUUCUGGUUUAUACCAUUAACUUGUUAGUGUUUCCUUAUUUUACCUCCUUAUUUUAAUUUAUAUUUGGAUGCUUAGAGUUACUGUAGGUUGGGCUUCAGAGCUGUGUCAUACAGUAACAGAUUUGUCUACCUGUAAAGGGAGUUUAAUGAAGAGUUUUGACUCGAUUUAUUUUUGUUAUAAGCUGCCAAUAACUGCACAGACACACUGUACCAGUUUUAAAAGAGGAGGGUGUUUUCUUUUGUUUUUGAAAGAAUGUUAGUUUGUGGUUCCUUAGUUGAACAAAUUUUGUUUAUCCAACAUCUUCAAAAAAAUUUGAAUAAAAACUUUCAGCUUUUAAAUUCAUCCACUGUUUCAGGUCUAAUCAUAUGAACAGUAUAAAAAAUCCUUUACAUAGAUAUAUCUUUCUUAUGUAGCCACAUGCAUAUUAACACAUAAGACACAAGACAGCUGUUGACUUCUGUCACUAUUCAAUUUAAUUAUUUGUACAAUUUACCCUAAAACACAAAACAUCAUCCUUAUCAAAACUAUAAAAUCAGCCCAUCUGUGCUGUGUUAAAAAUUAGAGUUCAGACAAGAGAAAGGGGAGAACUUUCUGGCUGAAGAAAACAUCAGAUGGUGCACUUCUAAGAAAGACACAUCCUGUGAACAUUGAAGGUAUAUCAGGUCAGGUUUGAGAGUAGAUCUAGAGACUGAUGCACUUAUAAUACCUUGAAUAUAAGCUGGUGAUACUGAUAAGAAAUGUACUUGUCGAAGAUUGUCGAGAUUGGUUCUCAUCACUGUCCUGCACUGACAAGUGUGGAGUGGUCCCACAAAGUCUGUUUGAUCUGAUGUUUGUGUAAGUGGUACCCAGGAGGAGAGAAAAACCGGGCAGUGUGUAGAUACUGACCCCAGAUGUGGCCAAAUACCAGACAGGUUCCCAGAUGUCUGUGCCUAGUCUGGUCAGGGACCUCUACUUUGUCUAAUUGGUAAUUUGAAGUGAUUUCUCUGUUUACCUACAUGUCAGGAUACUGCCUGAUUUUUCUCAGUGCUGUACAACCUUCAGAAAGGUUGGUUCCCACAAUGCAUGGUCUGCUCAUGUGUCCUGACCAUAGCACAAAGACAAGGAUGUGUGUGUGUGUGUGUGUGUGUGUGUGUGU